AGAAUUAAACCGAGGCUUGUCUAACUUUCCAAAAUGGAGGCGUCGGAGAGGAGUGAACAUCACCAAUUUCAUGGGUUCUGGAAACUCAAGAUUUGGUAAAAAAGGGAAAUUUGCUCCGGUGAAGAAMGAAGMGAAGGUCGAAUCGAGCGAAUCUUAUUCGAAGACGUUCCACGAUCCAUUCCAAAGUAAAAAUACAGAUAUUAAACCUUUAACAUACGCUGAAGCAGCCUCAUUGAGACCGUCAACGAAUGAGAACAUGUGGGCAAUUGUACAACGGACUUGUGCAAGUGAGGAUAGUUGGGCUCUGAACUCGGUGAAAAAUCGUCGAGGAUGGAAAACUAUUCGUCUAUUUGUGUCAUCAACGUUUCGUGAUUUUCAUGCCGAACGAGAAGUGCUUGUAAAAGAGGUAUUUCCUGACCUCCGUCUUUGGUGUGAAGAAAGAAARCUUCACUUGGUUGAAUGCGAUCUUAGAUGGGGAGUACCAAAGGAUUCAACAACAGAAGAAACAGUUCGCAUAUGUUUGGAAGAAAUAGAUCGCUGUUACAGAGACAAUACAAUGCCAUAUUUCCUUAAUCUGACCUGUAUGAGAUCAGGUUGGAUCCCUGAUUUUGGUGACUUGACGUACAAUCUUGCUGUCCAAUAUGGCUGGGUUUAUGGUCUUUCACUUACAGAAAUGGAGAUAGUGCAUGGAGCUUUCCGGAAGUGCAAUCCAAAUGCACUUUUUAUGAUUCGAGAUGAAAAGUUUACCAGGAAAUUACCAGACGAAGUAAAAGACGCCUUUGUAGAGAACACUACUGGGAAAAUUGACAAAUUGAAAGAUAUACUGAAAGAGAAGUUUCCUGCCAAGAAUAUUGCUCAUUAUGAAGUUGAAUGUGAAGAAAAAAGUCUCGAAAGAGUUGAAAAGACUAAGGAUGAGAAAGAAUUAAUGCUAACAGGUCUUACGGGGAGCGACUCUGUCUUUUAUAAUACUGUGUAUGAUUUCUUCAAAGAGCGUAUAGCAUUYCAAUAUCCMCUUGAUCCAACUCCAGAAGAUCCRCUAGAGGCUCAACGAAGUGCUCACGAGUCUUUUGUGGAUACCAGAUCUCAAAUUGUCUUGGGAAGAGAUAAGAUUAUUGGUGAUAUUGAGAGUUAUAUUGAGUUGGAUGAGUCCAAAGCACCACUGCUGCUUGUUGGGAAUGCAGGCUCAGGGAAGUCUGCCAUCAUGGCCAGAAUAGCAAGUAAUACUAUCAUGAAAGCUUCCAGUAAAAAGAUCAAGUGUCCAGAUCCGAAAUCAAAUUGGAAAGUGUUUUUCCAUUUUGUUGGUGCCACCCCUGGUUCAACUGACUUGGCCUUCUUCCUGCAAAGACUAACAAGAGAACUAAGCUCAAAGAAAGAAGCAGUGAGUGAUUUAGAUUCAUUGAUUCAAAUGACAAACAGUCUAUUGUCAAACCCUAACACCAAGCCAGCCAUCAUCAUAGUGGAUGCAAUUAAUCAGCUUGACGAAGACAAGAUUCACUACAUCAAAAGAUGGCUUCCUGAGGUUCUUUCUCCRAAUAUUCGYGUUGUGUUGUCCAUGAUAGACCACACAGACUGCCAUCGACUGCUGAGAGCAUUCAAGACAUCACCCAAAGAAAUCCUGUGUGGGGAAUUAGAUUUAUUCUCGCGAGAGGCCAUUGUUGARAAYAUCUUGAAGAUGUAYAAUAAGCGUCUGGAUGCUCAUCAAAUGGAGCUACUSCUAGCGAAGAAGGGGUCAGCMAACCCUCUUUGGUUGACUUUGGCUUGUGAAGAACUCAGAGUGUAUGGACACUUCAACAAGAUGGACGAGAAGAUCAACAGCUUAGAGGAUGAAUUAAUAAGUCUUGAGGAACAGCUUUUGAUGCGUUUUGAGGUUGAAAAUGGCGGUCCUAUCGUCAUCGCCACAAUGUGCCUUCUAGAAACAUCACGUCAUGGUUUGCUCGAGACAGAAAUUCUUCAAAUGCUCGCAGACGAAAGUAAUCUGACUCCCCCUGAAUACGUAGAAGGAUCUGAUGAAAUAACCGUUACUAAAGCACCMGAACUAGAAGGAGCCGUAGAUGUUGAUAAAGUCAAUACUGGAGGAGACGCUGUUGCUGAAAAACUUCAUAAAGAAGUAGACGAAACAUAUGCCAUUGAAAAAGGCAAAGAGCCGAAAGAAGACCCAAAAGCAAAGAGAAAAACCAAGAAAUUUUUAUCAGCAGCAAAGUGGGCCUUAGUUUAUCGUGCUCUAAAGCCUUUGCUGCGUCCUUGCGGAGACUUGGGUGAAGGACGAUUUGAUUUUUAUCAUCGYUCAAUCAGUAAAGCAGUUAGACGGAGACAUGCCGAGUUCUUUGAACAAUACGAUGACUAUGACAGAAAAUCAGAGGAGUUACCUUACCAUCUGGAGCAGCUUCUAGAUCACAAUCGACUUACCCGAUGCCUUCUUGACUGGGAAAUCUUUGGUCGUUUGUACUCUGAAGACUUUAGUAUUGACUUAUUGAGUUCCUGGCAGAAGGCCGGUGGUUAUGCUGCGGCYUCGUUAUUGUACACCGAGUCCCUUGGUGUGUUGAAGCAGUCUGAUGCUCCUUUGGAUGCAUAUGCUGAUAAAAUGGAAAUGGUUGUCACUUUCCUUAUUCAGGCAGGGCAGUAUGAAGACUCCUAUAAACUGUUACAAGAAUUGCUAGAGAUUGAAGAGAAACAACUUGGUGCACGAGCAGCAAAGCUUGCAGAAAUUUACCAUUUAAUGGCGAAAACUAAGAGCGAGAUUGUUAAGAAUCACAAUUUUGUGACAAUGGAUCAACUGGAGGAGGAUCAGGAGACAGUAGCAUUAGCAAAGAAGUCUUUAAGUUACCGUGACAAGCUAGAAGGAGAAGAACAUGAGCUUAAGAAAGCAUUGAUUGGUAUUCUCAUCACACAUCAUAUGUUGUCAUUGUAGCUUAAGAAAGCAUUGAUUGGUAUUCUCAUCACACAUCAUAUGUUGUCAUUGUAGCUUAAGAAAGCAUUGAUUGGUAUUCUCAUCACACAUCAUAUGUUGUCAUUGUAGCUUAAGAAAGCAUUGAUUGGUAUUCUCAUCACACAUCAUAUGUU